AUGGUGUGUACAAAUACUGGAGAACUCAUCACGAAGAAGGAAGGUGGUCGCUCAUCCAGUUCUUUCGAAAUUGUUGAUGCGCACCAUCAUUUUCUAGAUACCAACGAAAAUUCCUUCCAGAGCUUUUUGGCUCGUUUUGUUCCCCACACGGCAUACUUACCAGACGACUACCAUCGUGAUGUGAUACAACCCUUGUGGCAAGAAAAACGGAUCAAGAUUGUGGGAUCGGUUCACGUUGAAUGCAUGCCAGAUGAUGGUGUAUCCGAAGUGGCUUGGGUAGAAAGUAUCACGGACUCACAAGCACCAGAAGCCCAGCUACCUACAAGGGACAAGCCUGUUGCGCUCAAUUUUUCUGAGAAUACCGUCUCCAUCCCGAACGGACCCGUAGUCCAAGCCAUUGUAGCCUCGGUGGAUCUAACGCAAUCCGAUGUACAACAGACUUUGCAUCAACUGAAGCAGGCCUCUCCCAAAGUCCGUGGUGUCCGGUGGAUUCUGGAUUGCGUCGGUCCCUACCAGCCGAAAACUGCCACACACGUGGCAACGCUACGACACGAUGGCGAGGACUACCUAGACCACGAUGGAAACAGCAAAGGGAAGGCGUUUGCAUUCGAACGUGGCUUUGCACAAUUGGCGACCCACGGAAUGAGUUUUGAUCUGCAAUGUGCGCCUACGCAGUUACCAGCUGCUGCCGCCUUGUGUGCCAGACACCCUAACGUACCCGUGUGCGUGGACCAUUUGGGUAAACCAAGGGCCUUGUUAGGUUUGGACAAUUGUAAGAUUAUGUCUGAAAAUUCCUCUACUCCAGACGCUGACGAACUCCAGCGUUGGCGAGAAGGGAUGCACGCGUUGGCCUCAUUGCCGCAGGUGUACGUCAAGUUAUCUAUGUUGGGGUACGCUGUUCCGGGAUGGAUACAGACUCCAGAACGUGUAGCCUUAGUUAAGUCUUUGGUGCGAGAAAUAGUGGAGCUAUUUGGUCCCUCUCGUUGUAUGUUUGCAUUUAACUGGUGGAAAGACGGCCCAACUUCUGAUGCAGAUGGAAUGAGUACUGUUGGCCCAAAUCCGGUCGAACUGGUGGAGUACAUGAGUGAGUGGCUGAGUGACUAUUCGGAAGCCGAGCGGAAAGACAUAUUCUCUGGAACUGCACGAAGGUUCUAUCGAUUCUAGAACGAGCACGAGAGUGCUAAAUGAAGAGGCCGUUGAUGCAGAAGCUAUAACAAGUGAAUAUUGACAAAACCAGUCUCUAUGUAACAUUAGAAAAGAAAAGAGUGCGCUAGAUGAGUUCGGCCGACAUCCCCGCAUGUAUUGACGAACCCUUUCGACACCCCAGUUUUACAAUGAUGCCGUCGUAGCUCGAAGUUAAUGGAAAUUUUUUAGCUCGGGGUAAGGCGGCCCUGUUCGCUCUGCGCAUCGUCAAGUUCGGGUACGAUCACAACUCGUGGAAGAUUGGGGAAGGCAAUCUUCACGUUCUCAUCGUCUAACAAGUCGUCGUUGUCAUCAAACUCCACGGCUUCUAGAGGUUCGCCAUACGCCAUCAACAAGGCCUCAAGUUCGGCGACUGAUCGCCUGAGCUCUGAGACUUCCUUCUGUACCAAGGAAACCGUUUCGAGCGCGAGUUUAUCAUCCGGGGGCAAGUCGAGCCGUUUCCGCUUGGAAAGUUUUGCAAAAUUGGCUUGAAGUUGGGCCGACAUGGUGACGGAGGCGUGACCGCGUUUGGUGCUGUUAAUUGGAAAGUGUGCCGGCUGGGGAUCUCUGCAAGCAUCGUGUCUCGUGUUUGCGUCACCGCCGGUCUCGUCUUCGGUACAGUACGAAACUGGAGAAGCUUUGGAUUGCAUGUUUGUCAUGCAAGUUUAGCCAAAAGCGCAAGCAAAAUGGAAUGAUACAAGUAGGAAUGUGGUGGUUGGGAGGAUGUAAUAUCGAGGCAAGGUAAAGGUUAAAUGAAUGAAGAAGGUAGACUGGGGUGAAGCGAAGAGGGAAGGUUUGAACCAGCGGUGUUUUACCAACUGGUUAGGAACAAUUUACUUGAGUAAAGCAGAGUCAAGCCACAGGAUAAAUAUAUUCACUCAAGAAUCGCAAAGGAGCUAUCUGUCACUCCUGAUCCAGAAGUUGCGGUGACCGGGUUGACGCCGAAGCACUGGACGUGGCAGAAUCUACUUUCUAACAAGAUUGCAAAUUCGCGUGAGAUACAAAGUAUGCCUGGUUGCAAAACAUUACUUCUCCCUGAAUCGAAUCGUCUCGUUGAAACUGCGCUGCACACAA